CUGACUUCAGUGCUUUGAGUCUGAGAAAAAUGGCAAACAUGGAUAGUGAUUCUAGGCAUCUUCUCAUCUCUGAGGUAGAUCAUGAAGUAAAUCCUGGACCUAUGAAUAUCCAGUUUGAUUCAUCAGAUCUAAGAUCCAAAAGGAUCUGUAUAUUUGUAUAUGGAAGGGAAUAAAUAUGAAUACUAUUUCCUCAUUUAUAUUUGACUUUUUUGAAUAAACUACAUCUCUGUCAGAGGUGGUUGGGUGAGAAGUAAAUGCCUUGCCUUGGUACAUCCCAUUUCUAAUGGAGGACAAGAAGUUAUUUUCUUCAAUGGCUGACAUCCAGAAUUUCUGCCUGAACGUUCUUUGUCAAGUGUAUAUUCCCUUCUCUAGGCCUUUCUAUAUAGAGCCCACAAACAUCGUCAGUGUGAAUGAUGUCAUUCAGAGGGUUAGUGACCAUGCCUCUGCCAUGAACAAGAGGAUUCAUUACUACAGCCGGCUCACCGCUCCUGCAGACAAGGCACUGAUUGCCCCGGAUCAUGUAGUUCCAGCUCCAGAAGAGUGCUAUGUGUAUAGUCCAUUAGGUUCUGCUUAUAAACUUCAGAGUUACACUGAAGGAUAUGGUAAAAACACCAGUUUAGUAACCAUUUUUAUGAUUUGGAAUACCAUGAUGGGAACAUCUAUACUAAGUAUUCCUUGGGGCAUAAAACAGGCUGGGUUUACUACUGGAAUGAUUGUCAUCAUACUGAUGGGCCUUUUAACACUUUAUUGCUGCUACAGAGUAGUGAAAUCACGAGCUAUGAUAUCAUCAGUGGAUACCACCACCUGGGAAUAUCCAGAUGUCUGCAGAUAUUAUUUUGGCUCCUUUGGGCAGUGGUCGAGUCUUCUUUUCUCCUUGGUGUCUCUUAUUGGAGCAAUGAUAGUUUAUUGGGUGCUUAUGUCUAAUUUUCUUUUUAAUACUGGAAAGUUUAUUUUUAAUUUUAUUCAUCACAUUAAUGACACAGAUGCUGUACCAGGUACCAAUGAUAGCAACCCUGUGAUUUGUCCAAGUGCCAGUAGUAGUAACCAUCCUGACAAUGGCUCUAUGAUUUUCUACGCCAAUGACACGGGACUCCAACAGUUUGAAAAGUGGUGGAAUAAGUCCAAGACAGUGCCCUUUUACCUUAUAGGGCUCCUCCUGCCACUGCUCAAUUUCAAAUCUCCUUCAUUUUUUUCAAAAUUUAAUAUCCUAGGCACAGUGUCCGUUCUCUAUUUGAUUUUUCUUGUCACCUUCAAGGCUUUUCACUUGGGAUUUCAUUUGGAGUUUCAUUGGUUUUUGCCAACAGAAUUUUUUGUCCCAGAGAUAAGAUUUCAGUUUCCACAGCUGACUGGAGUGCUUACCCUUGCUUUCUUUAUUCAUAAUUGUAUUAUCACACUCUUGAAGAACAAUAAGAAUCAAGAGAACAAUGUGAGAGACUUGUCCAUUGCUUAUAUGCUGGUGACAUUAACCUAUCUCUAUAUUGGAGUCCUGGUUUUUGCCUCAUUUCCUUCACCACCUUUAUCCAAAGAUUGUAUAGAGCAGAAUUUUUUAGACAACUUCCCUAGCAGUGACAUCCUGUCCUUCAUUGCAAGGAUAUUCCUGCUGUUCCAGAUGAUGACUGUGUACCCACUCCUAGGCUACUUGGCUCGUGUCCAGCUAUUGGGCCAUAUCUUCGGUGACAUUUAUCCUAGUAUUUUCCACGUGCUGAUUCUUAAUCUAGUUAUUGUGGGAGCUGGAGUGAUCAUGGCCUGUUUCUACCCAAACAUAGGAGGAAUCAUAAGAUAUUCAGGAGCAGCAUGUGGCCUGGCCUUUGUAUUCAUAUAUCCAUCCCUCAUCUAUAUGAUUUCCCUCUACCAAGAAGAGCGUCUAACAUGGCCUAAAUUCAUCUUUCACGUUUUCAUCAUUAUUUUGGGCCUGGCUAACCUGGUUGUUCAGUUUUUUUAUGUGAAAUACUCAACUGUCUUCUCAAGAUCUUUCAUGGUACUUGGAAUUUUGACAACAGUUCCACAUAAAUUCACUUGUAAAUGCUGUUGUUGCCGUAAUUCUAAAUGUUUUCCUAAGGUAAUUUGAAAACAAGGGAAAUAGUGGCCCAUUAGUAAGUAAUUAUUAUGGGGGGGCAAUAAGAGUGAUCUUAAUCACUUUAUCUUUUCAUAUUAACUGUUCAUUUUUACUGUCUUUUCUGAGUAGAAAUGUAUGCCCCUAGGAAAAAUCAUUCUGGGUUUUGCUUUUAGAAAGGUAAGGUGAGUGGGUUUAUUUUAGGUAUAAUUAAGAUUCUCAGGGUGUCACAGCAGCUAUAUUGCUAGAUCCCAUCUCUGUUUUAUGGUUCAUUGAUUCACUUUCAAUUUAUUACUUGCUAGACCAUUUCUGCAGGUUGCCCAAACCAUUGCUGUUUUGGACAGUAAACCAAAUACCUCAUUUUUUAAAUAGAAGUGUCCAUGACAGUGUUAGUAGAGUGGAUUCUUACAUGAGUCCUUAACCUCUGUUUUAAAAAAAAGAAAAGGAAAAACAAACAAACAAUAUCUGUACAGGCCCCAUGGUCAUGAAACUUAUACAGAAUAAAGGAACUAGGAGAGUUUGCUGCCAUCUGA